AUGGAUCGUUCUAGUUAUCGGGACGCUUACGACAGCUCGGAUAGUAGCCAGUUGGUUUGUUUGUAUGUGCAGGAGUCUCGGCGGCCGCUGGUGGGCGCGCGGGACAAGCGCACGCGCGGCCGCCCCAAGGGGAACCCCAAACCACUGAACGCUGAGGAACGGCGCAUGCGCAACGCCUUCUACGAGCGCGGGCGGCGCGUGGAGGAGGCCGAGAUCCUGCAGGAGCUCAAGGAAAUAGCCAACCUCGAUCCUAAGACGGCGAAAUCCAAUGUGAUCAUAGAGAUAACCCACAAGUUGCGGAGAGCGGCCGAGAGCCCCCCAGAGGAUAUCAAUGAGCUGAGGAGAAUUAACGCGCAGCUUGAACGACAAAUUGCGGACGCCGAAGCGCGCCUCACCACAAUGGACGCUGCACACGAGGAACAAGUGCCUCCGAGCCUAGACCUAGGUCUAGACUUCGACCUGGAGGUGGACCUGGACCUCAGCACCACGGACCUGGUGGACCUCGAGCCUGUGGACCUGGGCUACGCGGAGGAGGUGUUCGGGCUGUCAGAGCCGGCUGAGAGGUCGCCGCCGCGGCGCGCGCGCAGGCGGGUCGCACAGAAAGAAUGAUUUGGCUAUGAAAAAAAUACGAAAUUAUUGAUAACUUCUAUGAAGUUGAAAGACACCAGUGCCAGCAACUUAACACAUACGAGAUGAAUCAUCGAAUAUCAACGGUUGUGAAAAUGUAUUAAUUAAGUAUUUAAUUUUAUUGACUUGUUAUUGUGCAAUAAUUGUUCUAGUUCGAUUCUUAUUAAUUGUGCAAUACGUACCUAA